AUGGAAUACACUAGACAUUCCCCAUGUUGCUAUCCUUCCUGCCCAAGUGACAAGCCCUAUUUAGAGGAAGUUAACAUGGAGUGUGUAGCUGUAUGUGGUUGCUAUGAUCACAUGGGAAAAUAUUAUAAACCAGGAGACAAAGUUAUAUCUUGUAACAAUUGUGAAACUUGUGAAUGCACAACAGGCGGAAUUAAUUGCAGUUAUAAUGUUAAUGACUGUUACUGCGAAUACAAUGGCGUAAUAUAUGCAUACAAUCAAACAAUCUACACAAGCUAUGUCGGGAAUGGACACUGCUUAAUUGCUGUGUGUGGAAUCAAUGGUACAAUUUCCAUCACUAACUACACUUGUAUAUCGUUGACGACACCCAGUACAACUCAAAGUGUAACAACAGAAUCAUCUACAAGUAGCACAGUCUCUUCUACAGCUCCGACUACAACUACAUGUGUCUGUUACUUCCAAGGACGCCCAUAUAAACCUGAUACUAUAAUAUAUAGAACCGAAAAUGACCACAGAGGCUGCACAUCUGUAACUUACUGCACUAAGACAUGUGAAAUUAAAACUUAUGAAUUACCAUGUACACCAAAAACAAUCAGCACUACACAAAUUAGUUCCACAACAUCAGUCACUUUAACAUCAACAACACAAUCCACAUCUACUAGAUCUUCAAGUACCAGCACAGCAAAACCAUCCACAAAUACCAGAACUACUACCACUAGCACACCAAUAACUACCACUAGUACUGCAACUACUACAUUGACAACACCAUCCACAACUACCAUUACUACUACUAUCACACCAACUACCACUAGUACUGCAACUACUACAUCUACAACACCGUCCACAACUACCAGACCUACUACUACUAGCACACCAACAACUACCACUAGUACUGCAACUACUACAUUUACAACAACAUCCACGACUACUGGAACUACUACAAAACCAACUACUACAACUGGUACUGCAACUACUACAUCUACAACACCAUCCACAACUACCAGACCUACUACUAGUAGCACACCACCAACUACCACUAGUACAGCAACUACUACAUCUACAACACCAUCAACAACUACCAUACCUACUACUACUAGCACACCAACAACUUCUACUAGUACUGCAAUUAGUACAUCUACAACACAAUCCACAACUACCAGACCUACUACUACUAGUACACCAAUAACUACCACUAGUACUGCAACUACUACAUCUACAACACCAUCCACAACUACUACUACGCCAACAACUACCACUAGUACUGCAACUACUACAUCUACAACACCAUCAACAACUACCAUACCUACUACUACUAGCACACCAACAACUACCACUAGUACUGCAACUAGUACAUCAACAUCACCAUCCACAACUACCGGAACUACUACAACACCAACAACUACAACUAGUACUGCAACUACUACAUCUACAACACCAUCCACAACUACCAGACCUACUACUACUAGUACACCAACAACUUCCACUAGUACUGAAACUACUACAUCUACAACACCAUCCACAACUACCAUAACUACUACUAGCACACCAACAACUACCACUAGUACUGCAACUACUACAUCUACAACACCAUCCACAACUACCAGACCUACUACUACAAGCACACCAACAACUGCCACUAGUACUGCAACUACUACAUCUACAACACCAGCAACAACUAUUAUAUCUACUACUACUAGCACACCAACAACUACUACUAGUGCUGCAACUAGUACAUCUACAACAUCAUCCACAAGUACCGGAACUACAACAACACCAACGACUACAACUGGUACUGCAACUACUACAUCAACAACACCAUCCACAUCUACAAGACCUACUACUAGUAGUACAUCAUUAACUACCACUAGUGCUGCAACUACUACAUCUACAACAGCCACAACUACCAUAACUACUACUACACCACCAACUACCACUAGUAUUGCAACUACUACAUCUACAACACCAUCCACAACUACCGGAACAACUACAACUGUUACUGCAACUACUACAUCUACAACACCAUCCACAACUACCAGACCUACUACUACUAGCACACCAACAACUACCACUAGUAUUGCAACUACUACAUCAACAACACUAUCAACAACUACCAUACCUACUACAACUAGCACACCAACAACUUCUACUAGUACUGCAACUAGUACAUCUACAACACCAUCCACAACUACCAGACCUACUACUACUAGUACACCAACAACUGCCACUAGUACUGCAACUACUACAUCUACAACACCAUCAACAACUAUUAUAUCUACUACUACUAGCACACCAACAACUUCUACUAGUACUGCAACUAGUACAUCUACAACACCGUCCACAACUACCGGAACUACUACAACACCAACAACAACUACAACUGGUACUGCAACUACUACAUCUACCACACCAUCCACAACUACCAGACCUACUACUACUAGUACACCAACAACUGCCACUAGUACUGCAACUACUACAUCUACAACACCAUCAACAACUAUUAUAUCUACUACUACUAGCACACCAACAAUUACUACUAGUACUGCAACUAGCACAUCUACAACAUCAUCCACAAGUACCGGAACUACAACAACACCAACGACUACAACUGGUACUGCAACUACUACAUCAACAACACCAUCCACAUCUACAAGACCUACUACUAGUAGUACAUCAUUAACUACCACUAGUACUGCAACUACUACAUCUACAACACCAGCCACAACUACCAGACCUACUACUACUAGUACACCAAUAACUACCACUAGUACUGCAUCUACAACACCAUCCACAACUCCCGUAACUACUAGCACAACAAAACCAACCACCAGUACUGCGACUACUAGAACUACAACACAACUGACAACUACUAUAACAUCAUCCACUAGUACAGAAACAACACAUUUCACAUCGAUCAAAGCAACAAAUCACUCCACUCCGGCUAAACAUCCGACUGAAGUAACCACAAUAAUUGUGAGUACCUGUCAACUGAUUUUUCUUACACCACUUGAUAACUUCUUUCAUAUUUGUUUGCCAGCAGUUGCAUAUUCCUGUGUUCCUUUAUGA